AUGGAAGCCUCGCUUGUCAAGCUCGCCGAAGCUAUCUCUAGACUGCCAGAUGGCCGCUUAGCUGGUGCGCGGACAGGGCCACUCGGACAACAUCUCUGGGCCUCCCUCGACAACACCGGCACACCACGAUAUCCCGAGGAUGAAGAGGGUCCAUACAAAGCCUUCAAUAUUGGAUGGGAACGCGCGUUUCGCAUUCCUCCAGGCCGUGAUUGCUCAUCACUCUUCCCUCUUGUUUGCCAAGGGAAGUAUGGGUUGAUUUUGGCUCAUAACUGGGCCAAGCAUUACGCAUCGUUGGUCCAAGACAUGGAUGUGAAGAUGAUCCAGCUUCGCGUAGAUCAGCUUCUUGAUUUGAUUAGUGCUGCUUUGAAAGCGCACAUAUCAGACGUCUCAGAGAACCACAAUCUGGGACACAGCAAAGACAGCGUCUUGCAGGAAGAUGGAGAUGCGACCGAAGCUGAGCUUCCAACCGGUGAAAGCAAGAAGCGCAAGAAGAAGGAUUCCGGGCAGGAGACUCACAAGGUCAUUAAUUUAGACGCACACGAACCCGCAACCGCUUCCCAAACCACCAAAAAACAGCGUAAAAAGCACCGCACCAAGUCCCCGGACGCGUCAAAUGAUGACACAUCGAACGAGACGACACAGGCGCCAGCUAAAAAAGCACCAGCUAAAAAGAAGGCAGCUAAAAAGAAGACGGUUGUGGUGGACUCCUCCAGCUCGGACAAGCAACAAACUUACUUGGGCACUGUCCAAUAUCUCACUAAGGAAGCCAAGUCGGUGCAGAAGGGCGAGAAACGAGUGUGGAAGGUUUUCUGUCGGUAUUGCAACAAGUAUCGCACAACACUGCGCACCAAGGGUGUCCAGAGCUUUGCUGAUGAGACCCUUCCGCUCUCAACUCCCAGCAACUGGAUCUCACAUGCUCUGGAAUGCACGCGACACCCGGUUAAUCAAUCCUUCGAGACUUUUCAGUCAAUCGCUCGCAACAGCGGCACUAUGCCAGCUUCGGAUGUCACCGCAAGCGACCAGACAAACAAGAUCAUGACCGCGUUUCUUCAGCGAGGCCGUGAGCAGCCUGAAAGCCAGUCAAAGGCCAAGGUCACGAAGCCUGGCUAUCGCGAGCGUGUCGUUGUUGCUGCUGUCACUGACGACAUGGUCUAUUCUUUCACCGAGAAGCCCGGCAUGCAGCGCUUACUUGAAUACAUACUUCCUGAGAAUAUUCCGGCCACAAUCUCUCAUCAAACUAUCAGCCGUGAUGUCGAAUCGCUUCAUAAAGCCUUGGCGAAAAAAUUACAUCUCAUGCUGCAGGAAAACGAUUCACAAAUCAGCAUUGCUUCCGACAUUGUGACAACACGGGGAAUGGUCCAUUCAUUUUGCGGUAUUGUUGUGUCCUUCAUCGAUAAGGACUGGGUCCGCCACGAAUAUGUACUGGAUCUGAUCCCACUCAAUGGCGAUCAUUCGGGGAAGACCGUCGGCCGACUAAUCUACAAACACCUUCACCGUGCCGGGAUUGUGACCAAAAUGAUUGCUUCCGCGGCCAACAAUGCGUCAAGCAACGGUCCCAUGAACGAGGAAGUUGUUCGUCGUUGCUGCAAGGCCCUUCCGGAUUUUACCAUGUCCUUGGAGACCCGGAAUUUCCAGAUCGGAUGUGGGGGUCACGUAACAAACCUUGUUGCUCAAAAAAUCGACUCCGUUCUUGGACUCUGUGUGGCCCCCGAGGUCGAAGAUCUCUAUGAUGAGAUCCGUUCCGAACCACUCUUCUACGACAUUGAACAGGAUCCAGUAGCUCUCGAGGAACAGCGAGUGAUGGAGCAGGAGACUAUGGCGGGGGUUGAUCCGGAUGAGUGCGAUAGCGAGGAUGAGCAGAUCGAGUUAGAGGAUGAGUCUACAUCUGAGCUCGAAAGCGAAGAGGAAUGGGAGGAUGAGGAGAACGGGACUAUUCAUUCAGCAGCCGUUUACAUUCUCUGUUCGGAAAUUCGACGCAAAAAAGACCGUAGAUUCAUCCGUCGAAAGGUACAACGGAAGUACCGACACCUUGUAUUUGUUCGAAGCAUGCGGGUUCGCUGGAACACCCGUUUGGCUGAGCUCCGGCGGGCUUACCUGCUUCGAGCGGUGUUUGAUUAUUUCGUGGAGCGCAUGGGUGAUGGCUUCACUGGAAAGGCACUCGCGGCAGCCCAACGCAAAAUCAAGAAGUGGAGAAUGGACUUGUAG